AUGCUAUCAGAGUACGGUCGGCCGCGCGACAGCGACUCGGAGUCGAGCGGGUCCCCGUGCGCCGCGUGCGCCGCCGAGCUCUACCGGCUGCCCCCCGGCGCCGCCGCCGCCGCGCAUCUCGCAGACACUCUACCAGCGGUAGAGUCGAGCGCAGAGGACACGUCGUACAGCGCUAGCGCAGCGCGGGUGGGUCGAGCGGCGCGGGGCGGGGUGGAGCGAGCCGAGCGAGCGGAGCGCGGGCGACAGCCGCGCGGCCGGCGGAGGCGCGACCACUCCAGGCAUUCCUCUGCACCCACCGUCAGGGCAAGGAAUGGAAGUGGCUGCGAAGUGACACAUAAAUUUCAUGUGAUCCUUUCCUCCCGCUACGGCGUAGCACUGGUGUUGGUCGUAGCAAGUAACGCCUCCGUGCCGUAG